UUUUGCCAUGCACGUGUAAAAUGAAUCUAACCUGCUGUAAUCAUUUUUUGAUAUAAAAGUCAUAAAAAAGAUAGAUAUUACCGGUGAGAAUCAAUACAUAAAUUUGAAUACCCUAUCAGUAGCCCAGAGAAUACAAAAUGGGUAAAUUAGGGCCACGCUUAGAUAGUAGAAAAAAUGCUAAACGCUGGCCAAAGGGCCAAAGUUCCAGUUCUAAUCCAGUAACGAAAAAACAUCGAGAACAAGCAGCAUGGAUGUUUUUAAAGGAUACAUCAGGAAAGCCAGGUAUAACAAAGGAGGCUUUACAAAAACACGAUGCUAUCCAAGGUAUUCAACCUCAGUUAGAAAAACUUGAUCUUGAUGAUAAUCAAUCAGAAACUUAUACAGAGAAUACUAUCAAUACAUUUGACACAUUUGCUUCUAAUUAUAGCAACUGUUCAAAUAUAUCAUUUAAUAUGUUUCUAAGUCAUUUUCAAUCAAAUUCAUUACUACACAAAGAAAUGUUGGCUGUGUUGUCAGCAGUUACAGAAAUUAUAAAACAAAAUGGUGGAACUGAGUCUUCCACAGAAUAUUUUGCUGCAUUGAUGAGCACCUUAGAGGCAAUUGAAUCUGAUACAUCAAUUGCAGCUACACUUUCAUUGUUGGGAAUGGUUUUAAAAACUGUACCUAAGAAUGUUUUGAAUGUGCAAUUUGGAGCAGCAAGUAAAAUUUUUCUCAAUAUUCUUACUGAACAUGCUGCAUCAGAAGAUUUCUUAAUACUUCGGCAUUGUAUUCAUUGUUUGUCUUUGUUACUUCGAGCUCAAGAAUUAGCAACAUGGUCCAAUUCAUCUACAAUACAAGUACUGGAUGCUCUUUUAUCAUUUAUUACACACAGUAAACCAAAAGUACGAAAACAAGCACAACAUGAUAUAUGUGUCAUAUUAAAAGGAAGUGAUGUUAUGAAAAGUAGUAAUCCACCACAAUAUCAUCCAGCUGCUCCUCAAAUUGGAAAACGUUGUAUUGGACAAUUAGAACUUGUUUCUGAAUCUGGUGGAAUUACAAAUAUUCUUCAUAUUCUUACAUUAUUGAAAGAUAUACUUCACCAGUUCCCGAGAUCUCAUGUGAAGACUAUUUGUGAAUCAUUGUUGAAUCUCAUGACAUUGAAAAAUGUUUUGGUAACGUCAUGUUGCUUACAAACUUUCCAUGGUUUAUUUGUCUCUCGACCUUUGGAAACUAUUUUACCAGUGCAAAGAAAUGGACAGAUCAUUACUGCUCUUUAUGAUUUUCAACCUCCGACAACUGAUACGCAGCCGACGCUUGCAUGGUUAGCAGUCAUGCAAGAAGCACAUUUAAAUCUAGCACAAAACUCGGUGAACUUGUGCGCUGCUAUUUUACCAAAAUUGUUCGAGAAGUGUAUGGAAUUAUGGCUCUCGGACCGAUCGGAAGUCAUCUCUGGUACAUCGCAUACAAUGAAAAUAUUAUUGCAGGAUUGUGUUGGUAAAAUGUGUGAAAAUGAAGAACAAAUGAUAAAGUAUAGCAAUACAAUUAAUCAAAUAGCUUUCAUGAUGCACACAGCAUUAAGUUAUCAAUAUUUGGAAGCAUGGUAUCAUAUUCUUCAUUUAAUAGCUUUACUUUUUCAGAUAGCCGGAAAAUCUGGAAGUUUAAAAUUUAUAGAUUUAUUAAAAUCGUUAGCAAAUUUACGUGAUUCUUACAAUUUCUCUUCAAAAAAUGAUGCGGAAUACGCUAUUGGCGCUGCAAUAAAAGCUAUGGGUGCACAAACGGUAUUAAAUACAAUUCCAAUGAAUGAAAAGAAUGAUGCAAUUAAUCUAAAACGAACUUGGUUAUUACCAUUAUUAAAGGACUGUAUAACAACAGGAUCACUUAAUUUCUUUAUAGAAACAUUAUUACCUUUAAGUGAAGUAUGCCAGAAAAAAGCGGCUGAACCUAUAGGUGGAAAGACUUAUGAACUUAUUGUUUCACAAAUAUGGGCUGUUUUACCAAGUAUAUGCCACAAUGCUGUUGAUGUAAAAGAUAAUUUUAGGUAUAUUGCUAAGCUAUUGGGUAAGACGUUUAGUGAACAAAAAGGUUUAAGGUUAUCAAUAAUGUCUGCUUUACGAAAAUUAAUAACGAAAGCAGUUGGAGAUAAUAAACAAGAAGAUAUAGCUGAAUUGUCUAAAUAUGCAAAGAACUAUUUACCACUGUUUUUGAAUUUAUAUACUAAUAGACCAAACGGAACUGACGAAGAAGGACAACGUCUUGCUGCAUUCGAUACAAUAAAGGUGUAUCUUACCAUUACAAACAAUGAACUGAUACAUGAAUUAUUUGAUCGUGCAUUAUCUAGGUUAGAUGAACCUAAUGCCGAUAAUUUUUUCAAAGAAAGUGUACACGAUAUAAUAAGAUUAUUAGUUGAAUAUACAGACACUGACAGAUUAAAAACGCUAUAUGAUAUUUGUACACAAAAUAUUAAAGAGAGUAAUAACACAAAAGAGCAAAAGAAAGCAUACAGAUUUUUGGAAGAAAUAUGUGAUAGUGAAAAAGAGACAUGUAAAACGUUUGUACUACAGCAUAGACGUGAGAUACAGAAUCUAUUAAUAUCUUCUGUAACUCAAGUUGGAAAACCAAGUAGAGGAGCUCGAUUAAGGUGUUUAACACAUUUAGUUAAAAUUCAUCCACAACUCGAGGGGAGUAAAUUCUUGGAAGCUGUUGUUCCUGAAGCAGUAGUAUAUUUAAAAGAUAUAAAUACAAAGUGUCGCACAUCUGCUUACCAGCUGUUGAAUACUAUCACUGAAAAAUUCUUAAAAAAUCAGAACCAUCUUAGAAAUUAUAUCAAUAUGUUAAUAGUUGGUUUAGGGGGUGUAUUUAAAUAUUGUGCUGCAUCCAUGUUAGCACUUGCAUCUGUUACUUAUCAUUUCAAUGGUUCACUUGGUAUGGAUACAAUUAAAGAAAUUUUGGAACAUGCAUGCAGACUUAUAGCAAGUCCUACGAGAGAAGUAGCGGAAGCCGCAUUAUCCUACAUUAAAGUUUAUAUUACUGUGAUGCCAUCUCCUGUUGUUGCUUCAUCUUUACCUAGAUUAAUGGAGGCUUUAUGUGGAAUGAACGAUGACUGUCAUAGACAUUUUAGACAAACAGUGCGCAUAAUCUUAGUCAAAUUGUUAAGAAAAUAUGGAAUGGAAACACUCUCUAGUAUGAUAUCUAAUACAAUGUUACAAAAGAGACUGAAAAAUAUAAACAAAAUAGAAGAAGCGAAGAAGAAGAACAAACAAGCGAAAAAAUUGCAGGAAGACGAAAAGGAAGAUGACGAAUUCAACGCUAAGAGAAGGCCCAAGAGUAUCGAGGAAAUAUUAGCAGAUAGCGAGGACGAAUUCGAAGGUACAGAAAAUGAAGAACCAAGGAAAAAUAAGAAAAGAACAUCACGAAAAGAAGCUUGGAUUCAAGAAAAUGAGGAAAUUGUUGAUCUCAUUGAUCCAGCAGCUGCUCGUAAUAUAUCAACGACACAACCUAGAGCCUUAAAUCAAAAUACAUCCGAUACAAGAUCAAAGGAUCGUGGAUUCAAGACGGCACCAGAUGGUCGUCUUAUCAUUACAAUAGAUAAUGAAAAAGACGAUGAAGCACAAGUUAGAAAGAAAAGGAAAGCUUCAUUCUUGCAUAGUGAUUCGGAAGACGAUUAUGUGGAUAUGGAUGAUGAUAUUCAGUGUAUAACUACGUCACAUCCAGAGGAUAGGAAACAUAAAUCCAGUGAGAAUUCUGAUAAUAUUAGUUUAAAAAGUUCAGCCACAUCAAAAUAUAAAGCUGGAGGGUCAGGAAUUCAUCGACCAUUGAAAAGAGGAAAGUUUGAACAAUCACCUGGAAUAGAAUAUAGAGCUCCAAAAGCUGGAGGAGAUGUUAAGAAGAAGGGUAAACCAGAUCCAUAUGCAUAUGUACCUUUAUCUAGAUCAGUUCUAAACAAAAGGAAGAAGAAAAAGAAUGCAAAUAAAUUUAAUAACAUUAUUAAAGGUGAAAAAAAAGGUGCACAAAUGAAAGCGAAAAACAAAAAACAAAAUUAGGAACUGUCUGUUAGAUAUUAAUAUUUAGGAAUUGUGAAAUAAUUAUCAUGCAAUUUAUGAUUGUUGUCACCUCUUUUCAUUACAAAUAAAUACAUGUAAAUAUAUAAAAUAAUCAAUUUGAGUGUGAA